AUGACCUUCCGGUCCAACUUCCACGCCCGCGAUGACGACGUCCUCCUUGCGUCUUUUCCCAAGACUGGCACCACGUGGCUCAUGGCACUCUCUCACUCCAUCCUCAAAAAAGACGAAAGUCGCGAUCCCCUCACAACGACCAACCCUCACUCCCUCGUCCUCACUGCCGAGGCCGAGCCCCUGACCGAUAAGGUCCUGUUCGUCAAGUACGAGGAGAUCAAAUCGCACCCUGAGAGGGAGGUUUUGAGGAUUGCGGAGUUAUUGGGGAGGCCAGUGGCAGAAGGAGAGGAGGAGGAGGAGCUUUUGUGA